CAGCUCCUCUGCGGAGAAAGUCGGAAGUUGGGCUGUGUCGCCACUGUGGGCUUCCCUGUGGGGAGAGUGCGAGCAAGCUCCUCAGCUGCGCCAUGAGGCUCCUACGGAGCCUUCAUCCCAGCCAGCGCUCCUCACCAAGAAACAAGUGAAGAAGGAAAUAGAGAGGAUGACCACAGAGCUGCAGCUGAUGACCAACCAAAGGAAUGAGCUGCGAGAUCGCCUGCUCUUCAUCAGUGAAGGAACUGUGGAUAAUAGACCCUACCACAAGCCAAAUCCAUUCUAUGAGAAACUGAAGUUGGAGCACAAACAGGUCCUGUGGGAACUAAAGGUUUUUGAGAAGGAGAAAACUGAGGUCUCAGAAAAGUUCAGUGAGCUGAACAAGGAGACAGUCUUCUAUCGAGGUCUGCACAGCCGGCUCCUGAUGGAAGAGAGUCAGCUGCACAAGAAGGUGGACAUGCUGAGGCAGGAGAAAAGGAAACUGCACGAUGAUUGGGUCCUGCUUAAGCACCACUUGGAGGACUUGAAUGUUAAAGACCAAGAUGAAGAGAGCAGUGACCUGAAAAUCCAGCAACAGGAACUCAAGAGAUUGGAAGAAAGACUCGAGGUCCUACUGGAACAGAAGGAGAUGGUCUUUCAGCAUAAGGAUUUGGCAGAAAAGAUGCAACAUCAUUUUGAUGUCUCCCGGAUGAGGUCCACUGAACUGCAAUCUCAGCUGGAACAGGACACUGCCCAGGAUGAGAGCCACUUGCAGAAGGAUCUGUUACAGCAAGAGCCUCCUGCUGAGCCUAAUCACCAGCAAGUACUGAACUCCUCAGAUGCAAGAGAGGAAUCCUACACUCAUCCUGAAAAACCUGUUAAAAUUGAUGUCUUCUUUGCAAGGCCAACUCCAGGCUGUAUAUCUGUACCUUUCAAAAUGUGGCAAGAGAAUGCUGUUUAUCUCAGUUUUCCUUUGCUUUUUGGUUUACAUUUUUGCUUUUGGUUGUUUUGUUAUAGUUUUGCUAUUUUGGUGUUUUUUUGUUCUUAUUGUUUUUCAUAAUUUGUUAAGGCUAUUCCCUGUUGGUAUUGACUACCAUUUUAAAGCCCGUUUUGAAAACAUUGUUUUUAUGAAUAAUAAAGCAAUUUGCAACUGUUCACAGAUAACCGCAGGUCUUUCUUCAGGUCUGGUGUCACACUCCUAUAUCCCCACAGCCCACAUGUAUAGGUGGAUCUCUGCACGUUCCAUGCAGUAUGGGUUACAUAGUGAGUUCCCAACCAGCAUCGACCACAUAGGUAUUGUUGGCCUUGAGUGUGGAUAGCAGAACUUAGAGCUGGAUAGAUACUUUGUGAUGGAGUCUGUUUCCAUUCUGUAUCCACAUUGUUAUCUAUUUAGCUAUGCCUAUUACAUGGUACUCUAUAGACACAUAUUCAGGAAUUGAUCAUAAGGACCAAAUCAUCGAGAAAUAAAAAUAUAUUGCUCUAUACACUCUUGAGCAACAAAAUCAUUCAAAACACAAAAUCAUUUCAUAAAAGAUAUCAGGAAACCAAAUGUAUCUGACUCUGUUUUCUUGUAAUACACCAUCAAUAAUAAACUCAUAGCAAAUCAC